AUGAGCUUUGAUUUGGAGGUGAAGGUUGGUCCGGAUGUCGGUUUUGAUCUGGCCGAUAUGGUCCAGCCGGUGCCCCUGACCACGUACGAGCACCGUCGGAGGGCCCAGUCGAGUUUCUCCCAGGAGAACGCCUUAAGUUCUGUCACGUAUCUGAGGGACUCUUUAUUUGGCUGGUGGUCUGUCUUGUCUGGGAACUCGCUGACCAAAAACAGAUCGAGGAACAGCGCGUACGCCACGACGAGACUGGCUGACUGGAAGUACAGCAAUGCUGGAUGCAGGUCCAAUUGGAUAAGGGAGAGAGCAUAUAGCACGGGCACGGCCACCGCAAUAACGUGCUGGAAUACUGGUACCCGCUGGUAUGCUACCACGGCCAGGUCUGGCAAUAGGGAAAACAUUGGGAUAGCCGUGGCCACGCACACUGGUUUUGGUAGCUGGAUAGACCGUUUUGCCAGAAACCUGUUCCAUCUGUUUUCGACGCGCAACGUGACACACCAGUACAGAAAAAGAAACAUCGGGCGGUACGCUGCAUCGCCAGAAGUGCGGUACCAUGCCAUCUUCGUGUUGGCAAACCAAUGUAACGUCCCGUUCAGCAGAAACGUCAGGUACACAGCCAGGAUUUUGCCAGACGGCGAAGUGCCAAACAGUUUAUCGGUCAGGGCACGACACAAACUGUACGAUCUGUACAGCAAUUGGUGCCACGCUUCGUUCCAGAACGUCUUGAGCGGCGGGGACGUGAACAUCUUGCUCAUGUCGAACAAUGGCGUGUAG